AUGAUCCCAGCAGAGCUACAGUCUAUCCUGGCAGAAUCAGCCAGCUUUGGGGACUUGAUGUUUCUCCCAGACAUCCAUCUCAGUCCCCUGAGCACCCUGAGCUUCCUCCUGCAGAACCCACUGGUGACCCUGGCUGUGGCAGCAGCGCUGUACUACAUUGUCCCCAGGGCAUUUCGUGCCCUCGUGAGAUGGCUGGUGCUGCCUCUGGUCCUGGCGUUGGUGGCUUAUGUGAUCUUCGAGAACCCCUCAGCCGCCCUGGGCCUCGGAAAGGGGGUCUACAGCUUUUUGGAUGGGCACAGAGUGGAGGCAAGCGCUGCCAUCAUCAUUGGGCUGGCCAUAAUCCUGAGCCCAUACCUGCUCAUUGCUCUGGUGGUGCUCUUUCUGUUGGUGGGCGUGCCCAACCUCCCCUCCUUCCUGCGGCCCCUGCUGCCAGCCCCCAUCGUUCAGGUGCAGAAGCAGGCCAGCAAUUUUCAGCAGGCAGUGCAGGGCCCCCUGAAGUCUUUGGGGCAGCGGGCAGGUGAGGUGGGAAGCGGCCUGCAGAGGAACAUUGGGGAUGUCCUGGACAGGACCACACAGCCCAUGAACCAGGCGCUGGAGGGUCCCUCCAAGGUAAUUGUGAAUGCUGGAGGCACAUUCAGACAAUUGGAGGAGGGAGCAUCUGCUGUGGAACAGAAGGUGGCGGGUGCAGUGAGCGGUGCAGCAACCUCGCUGCAGCAAACUUCCAGCCGCAUGCAAUUGACUCUGGACGAGGCCACUCGCUGCAGGGCAGAGCCCACCCCAGAACAGCGCGCUGCAUGCGUGGCACGCCAAAAGCAGUCUUACAAAGUGCCGACAGAGUGA